AUGUAUGAAACUGGUAAGUUGGCACAAGUAACAGCAGAGAUGAGGAGAUAUGGAUUGCACAUUCUGGGCAUACGUGAAAGUCACUGGACAGGAUCCGGCAGACUGAGAACAGCAACUGGAGAAACACUGAUCUAUUCCGGCAGAGAAGACAACCAACACAGGGGAGGUGUAGCUAUCAUCCUAAAAAAGGGACUUGAGAAGUGCCUCAUGGAAUGGAAACCGAUCAACAGCAGAAUGAUGACACUGAGACUGAGGGGAAAGCACACCAACACAAGCAUCAUCCAAUGUUACGCCCCUACUAACGACAGUGAAGAUGAAAGCAAGGACUAUUUUUAUGAACAGCAACAGAGGGAAUUGACUAGUAUACCUCGUCACGACCUUAUCGUUGUAAUGGGCGAUCUGAAUGCUAAAGUAGGAGAGGACAACACCAACUAUGAGAGAACGAUGGGACAACAUGGUACGGGAACAAGAAAUGAGAACGGUGAAAGACUAGUGGACUUCUGCGCAUUGAACAACUUGGUGAUAGGCGGAACCCUCUUCCCACACCGUACAAUCCACAAACUGACCUGGAAUUAUCCAAAUGGCCGGGACAAGAACCAGAUUGACCACCUUGUGAUAGGAGGAAUGUGGAGACGUUCCCUACAGGAUGUGAAAGUCAGAAGAGGAGCAGAUGUCGGCAGUGAUCACCAUCUAGUGACGGCAAGGAUAAAACUCAAGCUGAAGAAAACAUUCACCAGGGAGGCGACAAGGACACGAUUUAAUGUUCACACGCUCAAUGAUGGCAAUGUGAGAUCUGCCUUCCGACUAGAACUAAAGAACAGAUUUCAAGCUCUCCAAGACCUGGAAGAAACCACCCCCAAUACAGAUGAAGUCAAUACCCAAUGGAAGCAUAUUGUUGAGGCCUACACAGAAAACAGUAAAACAUGUCUUGGUGUCAAGAAAAAGAAUGCAAACAAAGAAUGGAUACAGCAAGGAACUUGGACCACUAUUGAAGAACGGAGAGAAAUCAAGAAAAGACAGCUUGCAGCUAAAUCGAUACGGCUACAAGAGAAGUACGCACAGGAUUACAAGGAAGCUUGCCAGAAAGUUAAAAGACUGGAGGGAGAGCAGAUUCCCGAGGACUGGAGCACUGGAGUCAUUGUUAAAGUACCAGAGAAAGGAGCUCUUAGAGACUGCAACAACUGGAGAGGUAUCACGUUGCUAUCAGUUCCCAGCAAGAUCCCGGCCAAGAUUAUUACUAAUCGGAUGUCGGAUGCCGUAGACAGCUACUUAAGAAAAGAACAGGCAGGGUUCCGCAAAGAAAGAAGAUGCACAGAUCAGAUAUUUGCCCUCCGCAACAUAAUAGAACAGUGCACGGAAUGGCAGAGACAACUUUAUGUCAACUUCGUUGAUUUUGAAAAAGCAUUCGACAGUGUGCAUAGAGAAAGUCUUUGGUACAUUCUACGAUUUUAUUGA